GAUCGUGCAGCCCACUUGUCUUUGUACCAUCUCUUCCCAAACAAAAGCCUUCAUCCGAUAAAACAUUUUCAGCUCUGAGGUCUCGUCGGGGAACCUUGCCCGUACAGUCGCUCGCGGUGCUCCGGUCUAUUCCUUUGUUUUUUUCGUUGUUUCCGAUACAGAUCGUGCGGAACUCACUGUUCAAUAAAAGAUAAAUAGCUAGACAGUGGCGAGCUUAGAUUUCCACGGCCGAUUGUAACUUUUGCAAUCUUUAUUUUGAAGUUGUCUUGCAGUUGAUGUCGAACAAUUAAGCUGUUGAUGACACAACAUACAUUUUGAUGUACUUACUGAAUCAAACAGUUACACGAAGUGCAACAACUAGACUUGAGCCAUAAAUUGAAAGGAAAGAAACAAAAUGCAUAUUAUGAGGCCUUGUUAAAGUAAUUACAUGAGAUAUGCUUCCCAGAAUCAAGAAUUUUGGAUGGCGAAGGGUGCUGGGUGUAUUAAUGAGGGUGAGAUGGCUUGUGAUAAUUCUUCUAGAGUUGUUCCAAAGCGUUCUCAUCAAUGUUUCAUGGAUGGUCCAGAAGUCGAGCUUUUCCCCAACAAAAAACAGGCUGUUGGAGUUCCGAGCAUCAAUUUAUUCUCAGGAUUGUUAAACUCAAAUGUUUCUCCAUGGAGCCAUGCUUCCAGUUUUCACUCAAUCCCUGGCCAUUAUAGUGAACGCUUGUUUGAUUCCCCAGCAUCCAGGACUGUCAAUUUUGAUGAUCAAAACAUCACAUCAGUUAGUGAUGAAAAAAUUGAUCAUGGGAGAAAGGCUAAUGAGAAUUUAUUUGGUGAUGAUUCUUCCUUUGGUUUAUCUAUGUCAAAAAGACUGGAAGAUUUUCAAUCAGGUCCAAGUUAUAGUGGGAUUAGAAAAGUGAAGGUCAGCCAAGUUAAAGAAUCUGAGAAUAUCAUUUCUGUAUCGAUGGGAAAUACAUAUGAUACAGUGGAUAACAACUCCAUGUUGGCAUCUCAUGCAUUCAAGGAUGAUGACAGUUCUAUGUCUAUGGUUCAUGAUUAUAACAAAGGGGAUGCUAGUAUUAUGUCUAUGGGGGACACCUAUGUCAGGGAGAAUAACAUUUUCAUAUCAGUGGGGCAACCCUAUAACAAAGGUGAUGAUACCAUGCCAAUGGGUCAAACAUACAGAGAGGAUAAUGAUAGCAUACCAGUGGAUCAAACUUUCGGCAAGGGGGACAACAGUAUUAUUUCCAUGGGUCAAACCUACAACAGGGUACAUGAGAAUUCCAUAUCAAUGGGUCACCUUUAUAACAAAGGUGGUGAAAGUACUAUUUCAAUGGUUCACACCUAUAACAAGGAAGAUAGCAAUAGUUUAUCUAUUGGUCAGUCAUACAAUAAGGGGGAAAGUACUAUCAUAUCCUUUGGUGGAUAUGAUGGCGAUGAUGCAAAUCCCUUGGGAAGGCUUUUAUCAAAUUAUGAGAUGUUGAUGGGCCAAUCUUCUGUCCAUAGUUCAGAAGUAUUAAAUCAGAAAGAUUUGGUUAAAUCAAAUACAGAUUCGCACCAUAUAACUGUUCAUGAUGCUGAAAAUAAUGCAAGAAAGAAAGAGGACUCUAAAACAUCUAAGAAAGUCCCUUCAAACAAUUUCCCUUCAAAUGUCAGAAGUUUGCUAUCAACUGGUAUGCUGGAUGGAGUACCUGUAAAAUAUAUUGCUUGGUCUCAGGAGAAGGAGCUCCGUGGUGUUAUAAAAGGUUCAGGGUAUCAGUGUAGCUGUCAGUCAUGUAAUUACUCUAAGAUUAUUAACGCUUAUGAAUUCGAGAGACAUGCUGGUUGCAAAACAAAACACCCAAAUAAUCACAUAUACUUUGAAAAUGGGAAGACUAUAUAUGGCAUUGCCCAAGAACUAAGGAGCACUCCACAGAAUGUGUUGUUCGAGGUUAUUCAGACAAUAACCGGUUCACCCAUCAACCAGAAGUCCUUCCGUCUUUGGAAAGAAUCUUUUCUGGCUGCAACCCGUGAGCUUCAGCGUAUAUAUGGAAAAGAUGAGGGGAAGCAAUUGUGAUAAAGCAGUUUUGUCCAAAUUGUAAG